AUGGCCCUCCUCACCCACCUGCUGGUCUGCACCUUCGGGAUGGGCUCCUGGGUGGCCAUCAACGGCCUGUGGGUGGAGCUGCCGCUGCUGGUCACCGAGCUGCCUGAGGGCUGGCUCCUGCCCUCCUACCUCACCGUGGUCAUUCAGCUGGCCAACGUCGGGCCCCUCCUCGUCACCAUGCUCCACCACUUCCGUCCUGGCUGCCUCUCCGAGGUGCCCGUCAUCUUCGCCGUGCUGGGCGUGGGCACCGUGGCCUGCUUCCUCUUCACCUUCUUCUGGCAGGCCACGACCUGGGUGCUGGGUGCCCGCCACAGCAUCGCCCUGCUGGUCCUUGCCUUCUUCCUGGCGCUGGUGGACUGCACCUCCUCCGUCACCUUCCUGCCUUUCAUGAACCGCCUGGCCUCCCGCUACCUCACCACUUACUUUGUGGGCGAAGGACUCAGCGGUUUCCUGCCCGCCCUGGUGGCUCUCGCCCAGGGCUCAGGCCUUACCACCUGUGUCAACGUCACGACGCCGGCCAGCACCUCGAGUCCUAACACCACUUGGGAGAAGAGCAGCAUCUCACAGCAAGUGCCCUACUCGCUCCCGGCAGCCCUCACUGGAAGCUCUAUGGAAAGCCGCUACCUCCCUGCCCACUUCUCGCCCUUCAUCUUCUUCCUCCUGCUCACCAUCAUGAUGGUCUGCUGCCUCGUCGCCUUCUUUUUCCUCCAGUACCAAUCUAGGCACAGGGAUCACUCCACCCAGGACCUGUUCAUCUCCCAGGUCACCCUCAACUCCAUCCGGCCGCGGGAUGACAGCGCCCCGAGCAUCCCCAGCCUGGCGGAUGACGGCAGCAAGAGCCUGGCGCCCCUGGAGGAGAAGGCGCCUUCCACUGGCCCGUUCCAGCUGACCGUCAUCUACGUGCUGGUGGCCUUUGUGAACACGCUCACCAACGGGGUGCUGCCCUCCGUCCAGACCUACUCCUGCCUGUCUUACGGGCCCGUGACCUACCACCUGUCUGCCACGCUCAGCUCCAUGGCUAACCCUCUCGCCUGCUUCAUCUCCAUGUACCUGCCCUACAGGUCCCUGCUGUUCUUGGUGGGACUCGCCAUGCUUGGGACCACCUUUGGGGCCUACAACCUGGCCAUGGCGGUGAUGAGCCCCUGCCCCCUCCUGCAGGGCCACUGGGGAGGAGAAGUUCUCAUAGUGACCUCCUGGGUGCUCUUCACCGGCUGCCUGAGCUACGUCAAGGUGAUGCUGGGCGUGAUCCUGCGCGACCGCAGCCGCAGCGCCCUCUUAUGGUGCGGGGCGGCGGUGCAGCUGGGCUCGCUGCUCGGGGCGCUGCUCAUGUUCCCGCUGGUCAACGUGCUGCAGCUCUUCUCCUCCGCGGACUUCUGCAACCUGCAGUGUCCCGCGUAG